AUGGAUAGUGAGAAGACAAAGGCAGUCAUGGAGUGGGAUGAGCCGAGAACCUUAAAAGCCUUGAGAGGCUUCCUGGGAUUGACCGGAUACUAUAGGCGUUUUGUAGCUGGAUAUGGUAAGUUGGCAAAACCUUUGACAGAGUUACUUAAAAAGGGCAAGUUUGAAUGGACAACAGAGGCGCAGACGACUAUGGUUAACUUGAAGGCUGCAAUAACUUCCGGCCCAGUCUUAGCUUUACCCGAUUUCAAUCAGGAAUUUCACAUUGAGUGCGACGCUUCAGGAGGAGGGCUGGGAGCUGUCCUAACCCAAAACAGAAGACCCAUUGCUUUUUAUAGCAAGGCUUUAUCUGAGGGGUCCUUGAGCAAAUCAAUAUAUGAGAAGGAGCUGAUGGCUUUGGUUUUAGCCAUCAACAUUGGAGGCCAUACCUGGUGGGAAGAAGGUUCACGGUGCACACCGAUCAGCGUAGCUUGA